AUGUUCAGACCAAUUCGUACCCUUGCGACAUUUGCUUCUCCCGAAUCAGUCUUGCCAAAAAAAUACGGAGGCACUUACACUGUGACAUUGGUUCCCGGAGAUGGUAUCGGUAAGGAGAUCACAGAUUCUGUCCAAACCAUUUUCAAGGAUCAGCGCGUUCCUAUUAACUGGGAAGUGAUCGAUGUAUCUGGUUUGAGUGAAGACAACCAGGGUGUGACUGAAGCAGUUAACUCCUUGAAGAGAAACAAGGUGGGUUUGAAAGGUAUUUUGUAUACUCCCACAAACAAGACCAACAAGUCCUUGAACGUUGCUUUAAGAAAGGAAUUGGAUAUCUAUGCAUCUUUGGUCUUGAUCAAGAAUAUUCCUGGUGUGAAGUCAAGAUUGGAUGGAAUUGAUUUUGCCUUGGUCAGAGAGAAUACUGAAGGUGAGUACUCAGGCUUAGAGCAUCAAUCAGUUCCAGGUGUCGUCGAGUCUUUGAAGAUCAUGACGAGAUUCAAAUCUGAAAGAAUCGCCAAGUUUGCUUUUGAUUUCGCUAAGAAGAACAACAGGCAAUUGGUGACCGCGAUCCACAAGGCCAACAUCAUGAAGUUAGGUGACGGUUUGUUUAGGACAACUGUUAAGGAUGUCGGCCAAGACUACCCUGGCAUCGAGGUCAAUGACUUGAUUGUUGAUAAUGCAUCCAUGCAAGCAGUUGCUAAACCCCAACAGUUCGAUGUUUUGGUGACUCCAAACUUGUAUGGCUCGAUCCUCUCCAACAUCGGAGCAGCCUUGAUUGGUGGUCCCGGUUUGGUUCCUGGUGCAAACUUUGGCCGCGAGUAUGCUGUCUUCGAACCUGGUUGUAGACAUGUUGGCUUGGAUAUUAAGGGCCAGAACACUGCUAACCCAACCGCUAUGAUUUUGUCCGCGACUAUGUUGUUGAGACACUUGGGCUUGAACAGCCAUGCCGACAAGAUUUCUCAAGCAACUUAUGACGUUAUUUCUGAGGGUAAGGUAAGAACUAGAGACAUUGGAGGUAACUCCACUACAACUGAAUUCACCGAUGCGAUCUUGGCAAAGUUGAACGCCUGA